AUGAAUACAGCCAAGUCACGGAGAAGACGAGGGAGUCAAGCAGAAGCCGAAAGUUCGUCAUCUGAAAGCGAAGAGCGCUAUGCGGAUAACCAUCUCGCUGGGAUUGGGAAUACGAUCCGAUAUCUGAAGCGGUUUUACAGCCUGGCCACUGCUGAGGCCAAGUUCUCCAAUGAUCUGGCCGAUGCCGAUAUCCUUAAAGAAAAUUUCGCGGUGCUUCAGCUUGCAACAAAGACGCUAUAG